UUUCUGAACACUAAGGACAUUGCUAUAAACUUCCAAUACUACUAACCACAUCCACCCACAACAAAAUAUAACAAGAUUUCACUGCACUUCGUCAGCAAGAGUUGUGAAAAAGAUUUCAAAAUGCCUAACAGAAGACCACCAUCCAGCAUUCGAUCAGACAGCAGUGAUAUGGACCUGGAGGGAAUGGCAGACAGUGAACUAGCCAAACUGCAGCGCAUCUUUCGCUUAAAGGAAGGACAGCGUCAAGCCACCACCAUUGGGAAAAAAGAACAAAUCAGGAGACAGGAUGCAGAAAUUCAGACACUUAAGAAAGAGCGUGAGGAACUUCUAAAAAACUUAAAGAUCUCAGAGAGUCGAUCCAACCAGACCCGUGACAUGGAAAGUCAGGAGACUCUGCAUUCGUUGCUAGAACAGAAGGAUGAAUUAGAAGAACAACUGGCGCUUGAGAAACAGACUAUCAAUAACCUCGAGCAAGAGAUCAGAUCCUGGGAGAAGAAAUUGUCUAAACAGAAAAAACAAGAGGUAGUUUCUUCAGGAUCAACCAUACAGCAAAAAACCCAGGCACAGAAACAUGUGAAAGUAAUGGAAAACCGACUGCACAGGUCUCUAACCAAAUUCAAUUCUCAACUGGUAAAAAAUGCCAAAAUGAGAGAAGAAAUCGACAUCAUGAGAAUUGAGCGAUCUCGUUUUGAACAGCUCUACAGAAAACUGGAGAAGGAGCUGCUCCAAACUCGAAAGGAAAUUGCACUUGUUAUUGAUGACUCUUCUUCAGCAUAUGAUGCCAGAGAUGAGGCCCAGACAAAAAUGUUGCAACUAAAAGAGAAAGCAGAGAAAGACCUCAAUCAACACACAGCUGAGAUUAAGGAGCUCCAACGUGUUAUUGAUCAUGACCGCCGGCUUAAGGAGUUUAUGGGGAUCAAGACUCAAGAACGCUCCAUCAGUGAAGAGGUCCUUGAAGCAAGGCGCAGAAGAGAGAAGGAAGAAUUAGAAAAGAAGAAGAGAGACCCAACAGAAGAAACAAUAGAGACCUAUGAACAAGCUUUCCAGAAAAUACGAGCUGUCACUGGAGAAGACAACCUAGACAUAUUGGUUAAUAGGUUUAUUGAAGUGGAAGAUCGGAAUUUUGCCUUAUUCAACUAUGUUAAUGAGCAGAAUAACGAAAUAGAGAGACUGACUGAACAGAUCUCAGAGAUAAAAAAAGAAAUGGAUGCAUUUAAAGCCCAAGGAGUCCGUCUGGAUCAAGAGCAUCGAACAAUCUUAAAGAAUAUUGAAGGAAAACUGGAAGAGGCCUCUGGUCUAGCAGAUAGCUACCAACAGCAACUGAAAGGUGUUAUGAAAAUCCUAGACCAGCUGAAAACAGGGAUUGAUUCAAUGUUCAGAAAGAUAAAUUGCGAUCGCUCCAUUCUGGAUGAAAUGUUGGGAUCUUCAUCCAGUAUUCGUGAGACCAACAUAAUGCAGUACCUCGGUCUUAUCGAGCAGAAAACUAACGAGAUCUUAGCCAUUCAAUCCUUCCUUGACUCCAAGAAUUAUGACAAGCCCUAUAACCCACAAGAUACAGCUAGAGUUCUCCUGGGACAACUGACGGAUAUUCAAGCGCCUAUGUUUCAAAUACAGCCACCUGCUACUGGAGAUGAUUAUGACAGUGACACAGACUCCCCAGGAGCAGAUGAGGAAGAGAGACCCUUGACUCAGGCUGAGCUUCGAGAAAGAAUCAUGAAAGGGGUACUAAAGAAGGAAGAAAAACUUACCAGGAAAAACCAUGCCAGUGAGCUGUCCCUAGCUACUAAGAUGUCUACCAACACUAAGAAAUAAGCUCUGGAUGAAUCAUGUUGUUAAUGUCCAAAGUGUUCAAUGUUCUAGAGGCAUUAUAUAUAAUAAUGUAAUUUCAGAUUUUAUUAGAAUAAACUAAAAUAAAUAUU